ACUAAAUUCAGGACAAGACUUUCAUGUAGUUAAUAAUUAUCCUAACAUUAUGAGACCACACUUCCAACAUAACAAGAAUAUAUAAAGCAGUAUCCUGACGGGAAAACAAAGUCAUAAUACAACAGAAUGAAGAUCUCUGUGAGUGUUACGCUGUUGCUGCUGCUCGGCUCCGUCUCCACAAGUGAAGGUGUUGAAAUCCAGCCGGCUUCUACUCCAGAUAUCAACGCUGAGCUGAGAGAACUGACUGCCUCGUUGGUUCAACUGAAGGCGGACAUGACUACAGGUCAAGCACAGCAGAAGGCUGAAGCGGACAGGCUGAAGGCUGAAGUGGACAAGCAGAAGACUGAAGUGGACAGGCUGAAGCAACAAUUACAAGGUCAAGCAGAACUGAAGGCUGAAGUGGACAAGCAGAAGACUGAAGUGGACAGGCUGAAGCAACAACAGCAAGUCCGACAGGUUGCAUUCUCAGCCUCUCUGUAUGCUGGAGACCAAUCAGCAACUAUUGGACCCUUUAACACGUUCACUGCCCUGAUCUACAAACAUGUCCCCACCAACAUCGGAAAUGCCUACAACCCAACCACAGGUAUGUUCACUGCCCCGGUGAGAGGAGCGUACCACUUUGAGUGGACGGUCUAUGCACAUGGAGACGGCAGCCAUCCUUCAGGUGCUUGGUUGUUCAAGAACACAGAGAAAGUUUUCUAUGCACACGAGUAUCAGGCGGCCGGUAAGAUGAGUGCUUCUAAUGGUGCUACGCUGCUGCUGGAGGUGGGAGACAGCGUGUCUGUGCGUCCGAUGUUGUUCAGUAAGCUGUUUGAUGAUGUAGAUCACUACAACACCUUCAGUGGCCAUCUGCUGUUCCCCAUGUGAGACAGAAACAGCAGCUCUGUGAUAGUCACACAGGUUGUUGUUGUCUUAAACAAGUCAACUUUUAAAGUGGUUAAUGUUUCUGAUUAUCUCUUGUUUCUGUCAUUUUAAUUAAAGAAUAAACAUAUAUCAGAGCAAUUA